ACCUACAACAGUAUUUUUUUCAAGGUCUCCCUUGCACGCCCGGACGCCCCCAAAUCAAAAUCUACAGUAUUACCUAGUAUUAGCCAGUUCCUACUCGCAGGAGCCCCAUCCGACUCGACCCAGCGUCUUUCUUUUCCGAUUUGAUUAACUCAUUUGCCUUAAAACGAUGUUCGUCCAAACCGAAUUUAACAAAUCAAAUAACAAUAACGAGCUAAGUAGAUCGCACGACGUAGAAUCCGACUACGAAGGUCUCUUCCGCGACCUGGACCUGAUCUCGCGGUUUUGCAUGCCGAUCUGUUCGCGCGACAACGAAAUCCGGGAAGUGGCCCUGGACGUGAUAUCGAAGACGGUCGAGGGGUGGCUGGACGGCGUCGGCAGCCCCAAGCACUAUCGGAUGGGUCAUAGGUUGCAGAACGCGUCCAACGGGUGCGCGUGUUCGGAUCUAGUGGGGAAUACCGUUAAUGACGUCCCGAAGGAGUAUUUGGACCUGGUGUCGCUACAUUUACCUAUCAUUUUAAGGUUAUCAAUUAGUUGUCCUUUCAUCAACGUCAGGGAGAAAUGUCAACAUAUCCUGGAAAUCGUGCAGAGCCGUGGUUUGCCUAUACCUUAUCCUGUGAUAUCUGGACCGAGUGCAUAUAUCGAUCCCGAAGAGAGUUACUAA